AGUUCUGCAAGUGGUUCUAAUUUACUAUCACUGUUCUCUAGCUGGUCUAAAACCCCUUUUGACCAAAAGGGAUGCUUUUUGGACGCCAUGGAUGUUUCUCAGUUUCCAGGCAGAAAGAACAGUCAAAAUGCAGGUAGGGCAAAGGACAAAGCACUAGGGACAAAAUGUAUGUGAAAUGCUUUGAUACAUGUACUGAGUGAAUGUCACUUUUAAAAUUUUUUAAUUUUUUUAAUUUUCCGCCGGUUCCGUCCCUCGUACGUCCCGACGCUCGCAGGGAAUGGAACCCGGAAGAUGGAUGCCGGCAUCAGCUGGAGGAGAUGGCCGGGGACGCUGCAGGGGGGACAU